GUUCCGGAAUGGGUUCGAACAAAACAUUGAUUGGGAAGCCAACCAACUAAAAUGAAAAUCAGCAUUAAUUGUUGUUUAGAUUCAGUCACCCUCAUACCAAAGGUUGGAAACAAACUGAAGUAAAAAGAAAUAUGCCCAGGAUGCAUGUAGAAGUUGGUUGUGCUUUUUUCUAGUCCAUCCUGAACCACAAUGUUGGUGAUUAUUGCAUUGGCUAUGACGUUUGAUGUUAGAAUUCAUUGUUUAAAAAAUGUGAAAACAACAAUGUAAGAUUGGACUAGUAUAUAGCCAUCACAAAUACAGAUUUAUUUAAAUAUGGAGUCCCAUGAAGAGCAGCAUGAUCCUAUAAGGGAUAUUUUCUCUAAUCCCCGCCUUUGGACAAAUGGGAAUUCCCAUGAUAAGAUGGAGGCUAUGUCAAAACUUGACUCGAUAUUGUAUAAUACAAUUAACAGCAUGGUUAAAAGUGAAGGACCAAGUUUUAAUGAAAAUAUGUAUAAUCCACAGCCUUUUAGCAUACCUGCAAGUGUAGGAAACCCAUAUUUAUUGAAUUCGUUGGAAAGAAAUUCAGAUGUCCCUUUCAAAGAACAUGAAGAAGAUGGCAGUAUUCAAAUUGUUGCCAAUCAAUUUACAGCAAAUGACAUUGCAUCUAGCUCUUCAAGGAGAAGUCUUGCAUUUAAGAAAAAGACCAGUCUUCCAAAGGAAGUUCAUAAUGACAUAGAUGCCAUGUUUGAUGAAUAUGGAAAGAAUACAGAACAUGGACAACCAGAGCCAUAUUUGCAGGACCAACAGCCCUCAGAGAUUCAAGAAGAGAUUCCAUUCCAAUUCAGACAAAAUUCCAAUUUGGAGGAUGCACAUAAAAUGCAAAUUUAUACAACAUAUUCAGGUAAUAGUAUGUUUAUUGAAUUGGGAAAUCAUGCAAGUACUGUGAAUACAGGGGCUAAAAACACAGAGUUACAAGACACUGAAUUAGAUGAUCCAAAUAACCCUAGAUCUGUGUUAGUGGAAACGGAAUUGGGAGGCAAUCAAAGUGAAAGAAAUGAAAUGGAUGUGAGAAGUGAAAAUGCAUUAACUGAUGAACAGAACCGAUUAAAGCCAGUGAAAGGCACAAGGAAAUAUUUUAUCAAAAUUAUUAAUGGAAAAAAGUUUCAUGAGUGUUCUUUGUGUACUAAGCUCUUCAGAACCAGAGCAGAAAGAAAAGCUCACAACAAAAUGCACAAAGAAACUAUUAUGGAUGUUGAUGUUAAGAUAAUUGAUGGCAAGAAGUGGCGAGAAUGCUCCGAAUGUUUAAAGCUUUUUAAGACACGCAAGGAGUUGCGUAUUCAUUUUCGCAUUCAUUCCAAUGAAAAGCCAUAUUCCUGUGAAGUAUGUGGUAAAGCUUUUAAGCAAAUUGCCCAUAUGAACUCUCAUAUGAAAAUUCACUCUGGCGAGAAACCACAUACAUGUGAUCUAUGCGGUAUGAAUUUCAGUGAAAGGUCAAGUCUUAAGCGUCACAUACGUCGACAUUUAGGGAUACGCCCAUUUCAGUGUGAAAUAUGUGACAAGACAUUUUAUACAAGCACUACAUUAAAAUCUCACAAAGAAUCUCAUGAAAUUCGUUUCGGAACUAAAGAGCGUUACAAUUGUUCUGUCUGUAAGAAGAGUUACUCUAGGAAGGAAACUUUGAAUAAACACAUGAAGACACAUGAUCCAGAGCAGAGGAUAACUUGUGAUGAGUGUGGGUGCUACUUUCUGACCAAAGCUCACCUCAAGCGCCAUCAGUUGACACAUAAAGUUACUGAAGACACAAAUCAAGAUUACAAAAAGUUCUUUUGUGGUGUUUGCGAGAAGAAAUUUUCCACCGAUUGUCUCCUUAAAUCUCACAUGAUUACUCACAAAUCGGAGAGGGAUUUCAUGUGUGAUCAAUGCACAUGUACAUUCAAAGACAAGUACGCUCUCCAGAGACAUAGUCUAGUACAUAAUCCGGUAGAGCGGGAAAAGAAAGCUUCGCACUUGUGUGAACAGUGUGGAAAGAAGUUUUUGUCACGAAGCAGUCUACGCUACCACCUGACAACUCACAUGAACAGCAAACCGUUUGCUUGUGAGGUAUGCAAUAGAACCUUUUCUCGUCAAAGGGAUAUGAUAAAACAUGCCACAAUUCAUGAAACUGAUUCCAAUUUCAAAUGUCCAGAAUGUGAUGAAACAUUUCAAUUGAGAAAGCAGUUGCUGCUACAUAUUUCUAGGCAUCAUCCAGAAGAAGAGAAAGUCCAUCAGUGCAAGAUAUGUUUGAAAAUUUUCAGUCGAGAUGAUACGCUGAAAUGUCACAUGAAAAGACAUGAAGGAACAGCUUAUCAGUGCGAUAAAUGUGACAAGAUAUUUGAUAGGAAAUCCAAUCUUAAAGUGCACAAGCUUACCCAUGGUAUGACUAGUGAUAUUCAGUGUCCCUACUGUCCAAUGAAGGUGAGAUACAAAAGAAGUCUGGUCAGGCAUAUCUCCAGGAGACAUAAAAAUGUGGUCCAGGAUCAAUCUCCAUCACAAAGCAGAUCCUCAAGAGCCAAGUCUGAGCUCCAGAAUUCUUCAGUAGAUGAAGAAGAGAAAAAUUCCUUAAAUGAGUACUAUUGUGAAGUAAAUUCAAGCUUUUCUCUUGAGGCUGAAGACGUUUCAAAUGAUGAAAAUAGUACAUUUUUAUCUCAGUAUGAAUAUACAGCAGAUGAUGAUGAUUCAUUUUUGGAGGAAGAUUCCCCAUCUGAAGGUCCUAAAUAUGUUCCUGAAGAUGAAAAAGAUUCUUCUCUUAAUGCAGUUCAAUUUGGUGGAUCUUCUUCGCAUCCCAUACUUGCCAAGAAGCCAGAAGGGACUUUUUAUUUAAGCAGUGAAAUUGAAGCAAUGCAAGAGGAACCAAUAUUAACACAUGUAAAGGAAGAGAAUAGCUCAUCAACUGAUGAGUACUCAGAUUAUUGAGUUUUACAUCUUGUAAAAAAAUAUGUAAGAUUUAUAGCCAAUAUAACAUGUAAUGUUGUAUUAAAAAAAUAGGCAUACAUACUGUGUAUUGAAGACUAGCUUUUAGUUUCUUUUUUUCUGAAAUAUGGAUUUGUUGAGAGUUUUUAAAUGAAUAAGUUAUUCCCAUAUUUAGAUUUAACUACACAGUAUAUUAUUUAUUUGUAGUAGGAAAUUAUUUUCAAUAUAAUGUAAUUAAGUGAUCAUGAUGAAAGGAAAUCUUUAAGGUAAACAUUCCAUUCCCUGAAUAACAAGUGUGCUCUCUAAUUUUCAAAAAUAACCAAUAUGCUGAUAUU